GACUUUUUAUCAGGAGGUGGAGGGAGGGGGAGAGAGAGCGGGAGCAGCGACCUUGAACUCAGUUUCUGCCAGUCUUCUUGGUUCGUUCACCGUCCUCCCUCCUCAAUGUCGCUUCUUCACGUUCGAUCAAGCGCCGACUCGAAAGAUGACUGCGAAAGACCCAUCUCCACCAUCGUCUUCAUCAUCGCCAUGGAUGCCGAGGCACUUCCUAUUCUGAAAAGGUUCAAUCUUGCUGAGGAUAGCACAUUUUUUCCAGGUCUCCCUUGGAUUCGGUACCAUGGGUUUUACAAAGAUUUGCAACUGAACGUGAUUUGGCCGGGGAAAGAUUUAGUUCUUGGUGUUAAUAAUAUUGGGACUAUUCCAGCAGCACUCGUGACAUGUGCUUCGGUCCAGGCAUUGAAGCCAGAUCUCAUCAUAAAUGCAGGCACAGCUGGUGGCUAUAUGUCGAAAGGAGCAAACAUGGAGGAUGUUUUUCUUGUAUCAAGUGUUGCUUUCCAUCAUAGAAGGAUACCUCUUCCCGGUCGUGAUCUGUAUGGAGUUGGCCGACGACAGUCCUUCUCAACGCCUGUUCUUUCAGCCAAGCUUCAACUGAAGGAUGGAGUACUAUCCACUGGUGACUCCUUUGAUAUUUGCCCGCCGGAUGAUGCAUUCAUUGCUGCUAAUAAUGCUAACCUUGUAGACAUGGAGGGAGCAGCUGUUGCGUAUGUGGCAGGUCUAUUAAACAUCCCCUCUAUAUUCUUGAAAGUUGUGAGCAAUGCCGUUGAUGGUGGCAAGCCAUCUGUAGAGGAAUUUCACCAGAAUUUGGCAGCGGCGACGUCUACCCUAGAUCGGACAGUUGCAGAAGUUGUGGACUUCAUCAGUGGGAAGUCCCUGUCUGAACUCUCCGUCUCUGAAACGUUUUCUCUGGGCUCUACAAGAUCUUCCUGACUAAAACUAUUAGUCGUUUUAGUUGCGCACUCGAUCUUCUCUUAUUUGAAUUGUUGGAUCACUGGGAGUUCAGAGCCUUCAUGAUGGAUUCAACUGGGGAAGCACACGGGCCAUAGACUAAUCACAAGCAAUCCAUUGCGAUUAGCCAAAAUUCGGCCCCAGGCAACUUCUAAAUUUCCUCUUAAAUGAAACUUAUGUCUUGUAUUUCACUGGGAAAUGCUAUUGGAUGCUGUUUAUCAUUCCCUGAAAUGCCCCACCAGUCUGCUAUUUCUGAAUGUAAUGAAGACUUUAAUGGGACCAAAGGCCAGGAUGGCAUUAUCCAAGUAUCAUGUUGCUUCUUUAUCUCUA